UCACGAUGUAUAUAAAUACUCUGUUUUAGAAACAGAACCGUGCAGGGGCAACAAAAAAAAUAAAACAAGAGAUGAAGAGGACGAGAUCACUCUUGUGUCUCAUCACCACCUUCCUUAUCGCCGCCGCAGAUUCCACCGAAGAUACGGUAAUGCGUCUCAAAAUGUCACACCGGGACACUCUCUUCCCAACAUCUUUCCAUCGCAUUGAAGACAUUAUCAGCGAUGACCAUAAACGUCACAACCUAAUAUCUCAAAAACGCAAAACUAAGAAAGAAGGAGCCAAACUAGCAUUGAGAUCGGGUUUCGACUACGGAGCGGCACAGUACUUCGCUGACGUCAGAGUUGGAACGCCGGCGAAGAGGUUCAGGGUGGUUGUGGACACAGGGAGCGAGCUGACUUGGGUGAACUGCAUGUUCCGUGGGAAAGGAAAAGGGAAAGGGAAAUUGAAGAAACGUCGAGUGUUUAGAGCAGAAGAGUCUUCGAGUUUCAGACAAGUUGGAUGUUUGACUCAGACUUGUAAAGUUGAUCUCGUGAAUCUCUUCUCACUCUCGAGUUGUCCUAAUCCUACAACUCCAUGCUCAUAUGAUUAUAGAUACGCGGACGGGUCAGCAGCACAAGGAGUAUUCGCAAAGGAGACAAUCACAGUUGGUCUCACCAACGGUCGUGUAGCUAGACUCCAUGGCCUCCUCAUAGGUUGCAGCAGCUCUUUCAACGGAGAUAGCUUCCAAGGAGCCGAUGGGGUUCUAGGUCUCGCAUUGAGUGAUUACUCCUUCACUUCCAAAGCCACUAAUCUCUUCGGUGGCAAAUUUUCAUACUGCCUCGUUGACCAUCGCUCCCACAAGAACGUCUCUAGCUAUCUAAUCUUCGGCUCAACCACCAAAACCAUCACAACACGAACCACCACUCUUGAUCUCAAUCUCAUUCCUCCCUUCUACGCCAUCGACAUCAUUGGAAUCUCACUCGGUGAUGACAUGCUUGACAUCCCUCCGCAAGUAUGGGACGCAACAAGCGGUGGUGGGACAAUCUUGGACUCAGGAACUAGCCUCACGUUGUUGGCUGAAGCCGCGUACAAGCGGGUGGUUUCAGGGCUCGAGCGUUACCUUAUGGGACUCAAGAGAGUUAAACCAGAAGGAAUACCAAUAGAGUAUUGUUUUGAUGUCACUUCCGGGUUCAACGAGACCAAGCUGCCGCAGUUGAUAUUUCAUUUCAAGGGUGGUGCACGUUUUGAGCCGCAUCGUAGAAGUUAUGUAGUGGAUGUUGCGCAUGGAGUCAAGUGUUUAGGGUUUGUAUCUGCGGGAACACCGGCGACUAAUGUCGUUGGGAACAUAAUGCAGCAGAAUUAUUUGUGGGAGUUUGAUGUUGUGGCCUCAACUUUGUCUUUUGCUCCUUCUUCAUGUCUUUAGCUGCUUGUUUCUCUUUUUGUGUGAGUAUUACUUUGAUUAAUUGGCAAAGAUUGUUUGUUGAUUGUUAGGGAACGAAUAAACAUGUUUGUUAUCAAAUUUGUAAUAUAUGACACUUGUUGUACACCUCUGUUCAGUAUUAUAGAGCAAC